AUGGCCAACGAGAGGACCCCUCUCAUUCAGACCGUCCAAGUCGGUCCUCCCAGGAGGAGGUACCCACACCAGACCUGGCGUCGCUUCUUCACUAUCGCCAGCUCGGUUGUUCUUAUCUGUGGUUUCGCCUCUUUCAUCUUCCACGGCCUGUUCAUCUGGCCUCAUCGCUACCACCGUGGUCAACCCGGUGGCUGGCCUCACGGACAGCCUCUAAGCCGGGAAGACCUGGACCGGAUCCUGUUCGAUACGCCUGACCCUAAAAAGGCCGAGGAAUGGAGCCGAUACUACACCUCAGGCCCUCAUCUGGCGGGUAAAAACUACUCUCAGGCUGAAUGGACAAGAGACCGCUGGGAGGAAUUCGGAGUCAAGUCAGAAAUCGUCUCUUAUGAUGUUUAUAUCAACUACCCUGUCGAUUCGAGCGUCUCUCUCUUGGAGAAGUCCAAGGACGGAAACGACUGGACUGCCACCUUCAAGGCUUCCCUCGAAGAAGAUGUCAUCUCCGAGGACCCCACGACAUCUCUCGAGAACCGCGUCCCCAUCUUCCACGGCUAUGCUGCCAGCGGAAACGUCACUGCUUCCAUCGUCUACGUCAACUACGGCACCUUCAAGGAUUUUGAGGAUCUCGUCGAAGCCGGUAUUGACCUCAAGGGCAAGAUCGCCAUUGCCAAGUAUGGAGGAAUCUUCCGUGGCCUCAAGGUUAAGCGCGCUCAGGAGUUGGGCAUGAUUGGUAUCCUCAUCUACAGCGAUCCCGGCGAUGAUGGCGAGAGAACUGAAGAGAAUGGAUACAAGCCUUAUCCUGAGGGACCUGCACGAAACCCAAGCAGUGUCCAGCGCGGAAGUGCAGAGUUCCUGAGCAUUCGACCUGGUGACCCAUCUACCCCUGGAUAUCCAUCCAAGCCUGGUGCUCCUCGCGUCCCUGUCGACGAUGCUACCCCAUCUAUCCCGUCUAUCCCAAUCUCAUACCGCGACGCCUUGCCUAUUCUCAAGGCUCUCAAUGGCCACGGUCCCAAGUCUAGUGACUUCAACCAAUACUGGAACAAGAAUCUCGGUUUGCGAUACAAGGGCGUUGAAUACAACAUUGGCCCUACACCCGACGACGUUGUUGUUAACUUGUACAACGAGCAGAAAUAUGUUACUACCCCUCUCUGGAACGUCAUUGGUGUGGUCAACGGCAGCAUUCCGGAUGAGGUCAUUGUUGUCGGAAACCAUCGAGAUGCUUGGAUCGCCGGCGGAGCUGGUGAUCCGAACAGUGGCUCUGCUGUCAUCAAUGAAGUCAUCCGUGGAGUUGGAAAGGCUAUCGAAGAAGGAUGGAAGCCCCUCCGCACGAUCGUCUUUGCGAGCUGGGACGGUGAAGAGUACUCUCUCAUCGGAAGCACUGAAUGGGUUGAAGAAUUUCUCCCAUGGCUUUCGGGAGCUAGUGUCGCCUAUGUCAAUGUUGACGUUGGCGUGGACGGCCCUGAAUUCACCGCCUCGGCGGCCCCUCUUCUUAACCAGGUUAUCCGCGAUGUCACGAGCAUUGUUCCCUCGCCAAACCAGACUGUCCCUGGACAGACGGUUGGGGAUCUUUGGGAUGGCAGAAUCAAGACCAUGGGUAGCGGUAGCGACUUCACGGCCUUCCAAGACUAUGCAGGUAUUCCUAGCAUUGACUUUGGCUUCAAGUACAACGGCCACAGCGCUGUCUAUCACUACCACAGCAACUACGACAGCUUCUACUGGAUGAGCGAGUAUGGCGACCGUGGAUUCAAAUAUCACAGAACAAUGGCCCAGAUCCUGGGUCUGACUAUCGCCAAACUGGCUGGCAGCAUCAUCAUCCCCUUCAGCGCCACCGAGUAUGCUGAUGCUCUGGAUGGCUAUCUCAACAAGGUGGAGGCCAAGUUUGAGCCCCUCCCCGAAAACCUCAGCGGCGACAAGCUGUUCGCUUUCCGAGGCAGUGUUUCUGCUGGUGCGGUUGUUGGCAGUGAAGACGAGUUCAAGGAGAGCCUGAAGGGUAUUCGCCACUCACUAAAGAAGUUCCGCCUCAAGGCUGCUGAACUCGAUGAAGAGGCCGAGGCAGUCACUCGUAAAAUUGAGGAAGGCAUUCCAUGGUGGAACAUCAUUGAGAGGAUCCGUCUGGGGAAAGCUGUUAUUAAGCUCAACAAGAGGUACAAGCUACUCGAGAGGAGCUUCCUCUACGAGGGUGGCCUUGAUGGACGAGACUGGUUCAAGCAUGUCGUGUUUGCACCCGGCCUGUGGACUGGUUACGCUGGUGCUGUCUUCCCCGGCUGGGAUGAGAGUAUUGAUGCCAAGGACUAUAUCAACGGUCUGAAAUGGUCCAGCAUCAUCGGCCGCUGCAUCCACCAUGCUAUUAAGAGCCUGUCAGACUGA